AUGACCCAGGCAGUGAAGCGGGCCUGCGACGCCUGCCACCGCCGUAAGGUAAAGUGCGAUGGCAUCAACCCUUGCAGAAACUGCUCGUCGGCACAACUGUCUUGCACCUACAAUGCCAUCCCUCAAAAGAAGGGGCCAAAGGGCUCGCGGGCAAAGGUCAUCAGCGAAUUGAGGGAAACGCAACGCCAGACGAGCCUCUCCGCCAAGGUGCAGAAUCGAAUGAGCGGCAUCCCGUGCCCUCCCACGAAUCCGUCCAUGGGCCCGACUCCGGGCCUCUUGACGGGAGAGCUCGUCAAGGAAUGCGCUCACUUCUUCUUCGACAACAUGUAUCCGCAGGCGCCCAUCCUCGACCGCCGCCAGAUUGAGCAACAAAUCCUGUACAUGGAGCAGAACCGCGACGCCUACUGCCUCAUGACUUCGCUGUGCGCCUUCAUCAUGCUACAGCCUGGCAUGUCAAUGCCGCCCGGCGAUCCGUACAACCUCGACAUGGUCCCUGGUGCCAACAUCAUCUCCAGCCAGCUCCUUCUCGAAGAGGUCCUGCGCGUCCGCAAGGGCUACGAAUACCUCGAUUCCAUCACACUCAACGCUCUCGCCACCAACUUUUUCAUCUUCGGCUGCUAUUACGGCCAGGAGCUUCACGACCGAGCCUGGUACUACCUGCGGGAGGCCACGACCAUGAUUCACAUGAUUGGCAUGAACAAGGAGGAGUACUACAUGCAGUUUGACGCCGCCGAGGCUGCUCGCCGACGCCGCCUCUACUGGCUCUUCUUUGUCAUCGAGCGCGCCUACGCCAUUCAGCGACAACGCCCCAUUUCGCUGCAAGCUUCCAUCAAUCUGCCAACGUUGGGUGAUGACCCUAGCGACCCGCAGGCGCACCAGCUCAACAGCUUUAUUCUCCUUGUGAACUUGUACAGACCAUUUGACGACUCAUUCAUCGGCGUGUGGAACAAGACCAAGGGUCACUUGUCUGCUCAGUAUCUGAGGGGCCUUCAGAAACAGUUGAACGACCUGGUGCAAUCGUACAUUUGCCAGGACCCAAGUUUCAACGAUGUCCAGACCAACCAGCAGUGGUUGAAGAACACCGUAUGGCAACUCAGCAGCGGGGUCGUCAACGGCGGCGGUGACGACUCCAUGUCGUUCCAGUAUCCUAUGCACAUGUCCAGGGAACUCCUGGUGAGCAUGGCGUCGCAGUUCCCCGUGCAGAUCGAUCUCCUCGGACCCGGCUUGAUCGAGAAACUGGUUGAGAUGACUUCAGCCAUGACGGAGUAUCUUUCUAUGCAAGCGCCCUCGCGAGACCCCUUUUCUGUUGGGCCCCGAGAGCAUCUGAACCAGAUCAUCUCCAUGAUCGCCAUGUCCCGCAACGGCGACCAUCGCUUCCUCCCUCUGCUGAUGAACAAGAUGAGCGAGGUUCUCCCCCGAAUUACCAACCCAAUGCUGCAAAAUGCUCCCGAGAACUCGAAUCUCGCCAACAUUGACAUCUUUGACGGUUUCGGCAACGCUGGCAUGGCCCAGCCGCCGAGCCAGAUGCACAUGUCGAUGGGCGGUGCCGACUUUGACCGCAAGUUCUCGGUCGAAGAGUAUGAGAAGAUGAACGGCAACACGCCGGAAUCGGCAUCCAAUUCCAACGCCUCAAGUGGCUCGCCACCCAUGGCGCAACAGGGAUCAUCGGACAUGAACGGGUCCUUUGUCAGCUCACCCGGCAUCAUGUCGCCCAGCAUGGAGUAUCCACAUAACAUGAACGGCUUUGCUUGCACGCCCAUGUCAGAGAUGGUCAUGAGCCCGCUGGGCAAUCCGUCGCAGUCCGCUUCGUUGAAUGCGCCACAGGGACAGCACCACCAACACUUGAAUCAUGGCCACGAAUCCAUGUCACACGUCAACAGGAUGACGCAGGGCAUACGGAAUCAAAGCACCAGCUCGCCGUCGAUGUCACAGUCGCACUCGAUCAAUUUUCGCCUGCGGCAAAACAGCUUCCACGUCCAGCCACAACUACAAGCCGUCGGCGAGUACCAUAAUCUGCAAAGAACAGAUUCGGACGCCAGCGGCACGUUGAUGACGAUGGGCUCGAUGAACGGCGAGCUCGGCUUCGGGCCCAUGAGGUAG